AACCGAACUGUCUCGACACCCACCCUAGAAGUAUAGAAGAAGCAAAAUGGGGAGAGCUUUUAGCACAAUCCACAAUACCCCUCUUAACCGACGCCACCAUUUCUAAUAGAUACUCCGUACUCCAUCGCGAGGCUCCGAAUUCACAAUGCUCAGCUACUUAAGCAAGUACCUAAAUAGAGUAGUAUUCCCAGAUGCGGCUCUCCCCGGAAGCUGAGGAUUGCGUAUGACGCCACAACCCCGCUGCUCGCAAAAAGAAAAAAAGCCGCGGCGAAAUAUGAGGAUUACGUGAUACAGGUAGAAAUGUUAGGUAGACACACAGACACAGUACCUCGAAGCUGACCGCAUCUUAUUUCGAUGGAGCUUGUUCGUAUUGCCCUAGCAAACCCCCCCAAUAACAAAGCGAGAUUGCAUCUAGUCAGCAUGCAAUGCUACAGUACAUCACCUUCCUAUCCAACCGUCGGCUUGCUUUUUCGACAAGUUUAUUACCCUAUUCAGCAAGUAGUUUGAUUAGAACCAGGCGCGCAAUGCUUAUUCCAAUGACAUCCUUGACAUACCCGAGCUGAUGUUCUCUUUAUGCCUGGUGAUUGCAUCAGCACCCGAUAGUCGGGUUUCCCAAUCACUUUUUGUUCUUCAUGAUGCGUGAUUGCCAACAAUUAUUUCCUACUUUCUGUUUAUCGGUGCUCUGAUCGGUAUCAGUUUGUUCCACAGACAACAUGAAGCUGCGUUGGUUGUCAAUUGGCCUCUUGGCUCUCCUCUCGCAGGAUGCCAAGGCAUUACAAAUAAGGCGAGAUACGCCUCGAGAUCAGCUCGAUUACGAUGUCCACUAUUUCGACCAGAAAAUUAACCAUUUUCUUAACUCGGAGCAGUUCACCAAGUCCGAUCUAAGCCAUGGCACCUUUAAGCAACGAUACUAUUUCGAUAGUUCGUAUUACAAGCCAGGUGGUCCCGUGUAUCUUUACAUAUCUGGAGAGACGAGCGGACCUAGCAGGUUCUCUAACUUACAAACCGGUAUCAUCCAGAUUUUGAUGGAAGCUACCAAUGGCUUAGGUGUUAUUCUUGAGAACCGUUACUAUGGAGAAUCAUACCCUUUCAACACCAGCACCACAGAUGAGCUAUUGUUUCUCACAACAAACCAAACAAUAGCUGACAACGCCAACUUCGCUCAAAAUGCCGUAUUUCCUGGAGUCCCUGGUAACCUGACCGCCCCCAGCACCCCGUGGAUCGUGUAUGGUGGUAGCUUGGCGGGACUUCAGACAGCUUUGACCAUCAAGGUGCAUGGAGACGUCCUCUAUGGAGGCAUUGCUGCUUCGGCCCCGAUCAAGGUGAAUGUGGGCUACCCCGAGUGGUAUAACCCGAUUCAGAAAUACGCACCUCAGGACUGUGUCACUCGAAUCAAUGGGAUUAUCGAGAAAUUCGAUUCGCUCAUCGCUAGCAACAAUACCAAAGCGAUCAACAAGUUCAAGGCUCUGUUCGGACUUGAGGUGCUAACAGAUAACCGCGAUUUUGCAGCAGCCAUUGCGGAUCCUAUCGGAAACCCAGGAUUCUAUCACUCGAAUACUUGGCAAGAACUGAACUGGAACUCUACUUACGGAUCCAGAGAUUUCUUCUACUUCUGCGGAAAUGUCUCUGACAUCGACGCCCCGGCGGAGAUCUCUCAUGUAGACUGGACGUUGGCAGAUUACACCAAUGGAGAGCCUUGGGUCGGUCUUGGUGGUUACGCCAACUACAUCAAGACGUACACUCUUCCCCUGUGCCCUUUUGGGGACUACAACAGCAACGACUGUUGGGGAACCCAGAACGAAACGGCUUGGGCCAGUGUGGAGAACACUGCUACACGCUCAUAUCUGUACACUAGCUGCAUAGAACAGGGCGCAUACAUCGAAGGGCCAAAGGAGGGACCAGCUCUAUUGUCUAGUGUCAUAGAUACCAGUUAUGAGCAACAGUGGUGCACUUGGGCUUUCCCCGAAGGAAUUUACAACGCGAUCCCGUCAAGCCCGAACGUAGGCGUUUACGAUGACUAUGGUGGAUUCAACUUCAGCGCCGACAGGCUGGCAUUCAUCGAUGGUGAUCAAGAUGUGUGGAAUGAUCUAUGCUAUCACUCCAACUUCGCACCAGCGCGAACAGUGUCGUCCGACCUACACCCGGAGUACUUGAUUACCGGAGCAGGUCACCACUGGGAUUCCUAUGGUAUCUUGGAUGUCGAUGCUGAGCCUCAGUUCAUCCGCGAGGCGCACUUAUGGCAGAUUAAAACUGUGAAGAAGUGGCUUAAGACUUUUGAUGACUGGAAGAAGUCGAAGGGGAUCUAAUAGCAAAGGCUUAUUUAUGCCACUGCCUUCGAGAUAAUGAUUAUAUCUAAUGGGUUGGAUAUAGACGUCUGAGACGGCGAAUAUUACGCUUAAUGUGUAUAACUAAUAGCGGAUAGAAAAAGUAGUCUAUACAGACGCCAUUUGGGUUAUAGGUAUAGAAUGAACAUUGGC